ACCCAUUGAGGAAAGCUUCUUAAUUUGGUAUUAUUGUUGGGUUAAUCUUGUGUUUCUCGUGAAAGAAAAUCCACCACGUUUCCGCUUAUCUCGAGUUGGGAUUCUGAUUUUUUUUUCCCUCUAAAUCAUUUAUAAUAUUCACUCAUUCUUCCUCUCUCACCGCCCAUAUGAUCUUUAUCUUAAUCUGAGAAACAUCAACCUAAGUAUUUACAUUUGUAUAUAUUAUUUGUGUGUUUUUGUGAAUACCCAUUGAGGAAAGCUUGGUAAUUUCGUCUGUUGUUGUUCAGAGAUGGAUGGGUCAGGGUUAGAGGAGAGACUGGUUGAGGAAGGAAGAAGCAGAGAUGGGAAUGGUGAUUUGAAGAAGAGGGUUUGGGAGGAAUGGAAGACAUUAUGGAGAAUUGCUUUGCCGUCAAUUAUUUUCAGAGUUACGGCGUUUGGAAUCAUUGUGGUGGCUCAGUCGUUUCUCGGCCAUGUUGGGGAGCUUCAUCUUGCUGCUUAUGCACUUUUGCAGACUAUUUUUCUCCGCUUUAUAAAUGGCUUACUGGCGGGCAUGUCGAGUGCAACCGAAACACUAUGCGGACAAGCAUAUGGAGCCGGCCAAUAUCAUAUGAUGGGAAUUUACUUGCAAAGAUCAUGGAUUGUUGAUGGUGUCACAGGAAGUUUAUUUAUUCCUCUCUUCAUUUUUGCAACACCAAUUUUAAGAUUCCUUGGUAUGGAAGACGACAUAGCAAGAGCAGCUGCGGAUAUCUCCCCAUGGUUCAUACCCUUUCUAGGCAGUUUGAUGUUCUCCAUGACUAUCCAGAUGUACUUACAAGCUCAAAUGAAAAACUUGAUCAUAGGAUGUGUAUCUGCUUUUUCGUUUGCGCUCCAACUCUUCUUGUCCUGGAUUUUUGUGACCAAAUUUUCUUGGGGAGUUGCCGGUGCAAUGAGUGCAAUGAACAUUGCUUCUUGGUCUUUGGUUCUUGGAGAGUUUAUAUAUAUAUUCGGAGGUUGGUGUCCGGAUACGUGGACCGGAUUUAGUAAGGCUGCUUUCUCUGAUAUUUUCCCUAUAAUGAAGCUCUCAAUUUCGUCUGGUAUUAUGCUUUGUUUAGAGGUCUGGUACUUUGGGAUUCUGGUCUUAAUGGCAGGAUAUAUGAAAAAUGCAUCAACUGCAAUAUCUGCUUUCUCCAUUUGCCAAAAUAUCCUGGCAUGGGAAUUGAACAUGUGUCUAGGGUUCCUAGGUGCAGCAUGUGUGAGGGUAGCAAAUGAACUGGGAAGAGGAGAUGCUAAAGCUGCAAAAUUUGCAAUGAAGGUCAAUCUCUGCACUUCGAUAUGUAUCGGAGUUGUAUUCUCUAUUCUAUGUUUAGUCUUUGGUCGUCGGCUUUCUUAUCUUUUUAUGAGUGAUGAGCAAGUUGCAGCAUCUGUAUCGAAUCUCUCUUUUCUGCUUUCUAUCUCAAUCCUACUUAAUAGCGUUCAGCCGGUGCUAUCAGGCGUGGCGGUAGGUUCCGGGAUGCAAAGUUUAGUUGCAUUUGUGAACUUGGGAUCCUAUUAUGGAAUUGGCAUACCUAUUGGAGUUUUACUUGGAUAUGUUGCCCAUCUUCGAGUUGAGGGUCUGUGGAUUGGAAUGCUGUGUGGGGUUGCAAUGCAAACACUUGCUCUUUCCUUUAUUAUAUACAGAACCGAUUGGGAAUACCAGGUGAAGAAGGCAUCGGAACGUUUGAAUAAGUGGGUUCUGAAACCAUCAAAUGGGUCUGGUUAUAGCUUCAUGCAUGCAUGAAAUUACAUGUAAGAAGGAUUUUUUUUUUUCUUUUUCUUUUUGUUUUCCAGAAAGGAAUUUGAUAAUGUGGGUUUGAAGUCUUCAAUUAAUAUGAAGAGUUGUGAAAUGAAAUUCUCAAAAAGAAUUGCAUUUACAUUAAUGGGCUGGCUAACUAGAGAUAGGCUAGGCCGAGUCCCGUUACAACAGACGAGCUAGGCGUAGGUAACUUGGGCCAACUGGUUGAAUUGGGCUUGGCCUGUGCAAAUUGAGGCCUCGAGUCUGGGCCUUAUGGAGACUGGGCCCUUUUCUCUAAAACCGAUUCUCUCUUUUUUCUUUUUUCGGUUUUUAUUGUUUCCAACAAUUAGUUACAAUGAUUUUUGUUUUAUCUUUAUCAAGUAAAACUACAUUGUUGUCUAUCUUAAUCAUCGGUGUUUGAUUGGA